AUGGCGCCCGCAGCCCCUCUUCGCAUCGAGACCCCACAAGCACCCUCUAUUAGACUGACACCUUCAUACACUGUGUAUACUAAAGAAGAAUCUUUUAAUUUGACCUGCUCACCACCAAUUGGUAAACCAGCAAAAGGAAUACAGAUUUACCAGGAAAACAAGAAAAUUCAUGAAGGGGAUCCAUUGCACAGUGAUUAUACAAUAUCUGCAUCCUCUGAAAAUGCUUCUGGGAAAUAUACAUGUAAAUAUUGGGUGGAAAUUAAUGGACGGAACAUCAGCUCAUCAGAGAGUGACUAUGUGACAGUCAUUGUAACAGUUUGCUAUAAAAUUUUGCAAACAGGAACUUUAAUAAAAUUGUAUGUAAUCUUUAACCUUAUUGUAGAGAUCCCACAAGCACCCUCUAUUAGACUGACACCUUCAUACACUGUGUAUACUAAAGAGGAAUCUUUUACUUUGACCUGCUCACCACCAAUUGGUAAAUCAGCAAAAGGAAUACAGAUUUACCAGGAAAAGGAGAAAAUUCAUGAAGGGGAUCCAUUGCACAGUGAUUAUACAAUAUCUGUGUCCUUGGAAAAUGUUUCUGGGAAAUAUACAUGUAAAUAUUGGGUGGAAAUUCAUGGACGGAACAUCAGCUCAUCACAGAGUGACUAUGUGACAGUCAGUGUAACAGAGAUCCCACAGGCACCCUCUAUUAGACUGACACCUUCAUACACUGUGUAUACUAAAGAGGAAUCUUUUACUUUGAGCUGCUCACCACCAAUUGGUAUAUCAGCAAAAAGAAUACAGAUUUACCAGGAAAAGGAGAAAAUUCAUGAAGGGGAUCCAUUGCACAGUGAUUAUACAAUAUCUGCGUCCUUGGAAAAUGCUUCUGGGAAAUAUGCAUGUAAAUAUUGGGUGGAAAUAAAUGGACGGAACAUCAACUCAUCACAGAGUGACUAUGUGACAGUCAUUGUAACAGAUACACCUCUGGCUCCUUCACUUUCUUUAAUUCCGAUGCAUCCAGUUUACAUCAGAGGAGAAUUUAUCAAACUCACUUGUACUACACCUUUUGGCUCCACAGCUAAUAGGAUUGACUUUUACAAAGACAAACAAAAAAUUGAACCGCAGCAUAAUGGCACAAUGAAUAUAUCUACAGCUGACAUCACUGAUUCUGCUAAAUACUCAUGUCAGUACAAUAAAAACAUUCUCGGAAGAAAUAUUCAUUCAAUUCCUAGUGAUGAAGCCACAAUUAAAGCAGUAGGUAAGGAGCUUAGGUAUAGUAAUGGUGUAUUAAGGAAAUACAACAUGGGGCUUAGUGCUAUGGUUCAGUUUAAGGGGAAUGUAUAAUAG